AGUACUACAAAAAAAAAAUAGGGUUUAAAGCAUUUGCCAUGAAAGAUGAUCAUUCAUCGGGAGCGCAGUCAAAAAAGAAGAAAGAAAAAUAAACAUUUGGAGCAGCAGGUCUCACAAGCUUCAAACUCGGUAAGAGAAUACUCAGACCCAAUCCCAGUUGAUCUUCUUAUUGACAUAUUCUCUAGCGUCUAUGCAAAGUCUAUAGCUAGGUUUCGUUGCGUGUCCAAAUCAUGGGAAUCCAUACUUCGUCGUCCUGUCACAGAGCUGUUCCUGACCAAGUGAUCUGUAGCUCGUCCACGGCUUUUGUUUGCCUUAGAAAUUGAUAAAGAGUUAUAUGUCUUCUCUUCGCCUCAACCUCAAGGUCCAAAUGAUGAGAUAUCUUCUCUUGUAGCCACCCCUUAUAAGUGUUUCCCCAAAUACUUUCCAACUGGUCAAUGUACCGAGCUCUGCGGAUUGGUCUUCCUUCGAAGAAGAAAAGCGCGGGUGAUUUGUAACCCCGUCACUGGAGAGUCCAUAGCUUUACCCAGAGUGAAAGCGACGGGUGUUGGAGAUAGCUAUUUCGGCUUUGAUCCGAUCAGCAAACAGUUCAAAGUGUUGUGUAUGACAUGGUCACGUUAUGGAACACCCAACACUCAUCGGAUUUUGACAUUGGAGAACUGGAAAAAAACGUACUGUAUAUGGAGGACGAUCCCAGACCCAGUACUUCCCCAUUAUUCUAUGUAUGAUGGAAUCUGCAUCAAUGGUGUUUUGUAUUGCAUAGCUUAUUUUCGAGGUGACGUUUCUAAGUGUAUGGCUUGCUUGGAUUUUGGGCUUGAGAAAUUCAGCUUUAUUAAAUUACCUGAAGGCAUGAACUACUCUACUCAGGAGCUAACUUUGUUCAACUACAAAGGUAAAUUAGGUGUACAUCAGUAUAUUGAUCGGUUCCACAACGAUAGAUCUGGGUUGUGGGUUCUAGAAGAUGCUGGAGAACAUAAAUGGUCCAACCCUAUAUGCAUACUGCCAUACACAGUCUACCCUGGUAACAGUUUUGUCGGAAUGACGGCUGCCGGAGAGAUUGUGUUUUCGUCGACGUCAAAGCCUUUCUACAUUUUCUUCUACAAUAUCGAGAAGAAGACUUAUACAAGAAUCCAUAUUCAGGGAUUUGAAGAGUUGCUAAUUACGCCUUAUAUUGGAAAUUUCGUUCGCAUCUUUUUAGACUUUGUAGAGGAUAUGAAGUUAGUCUAA